AGCCCAGUGGCGAAUGAAUGUGUGGCAUGAAUGGCUCGAAGCUCAUGUAUCGCCGCUCUUGAUCGUCUAUAAGAACGCCGGUACGCCGCUGUCGUGAUGAGCGAACGAUGGUCGAACCCACGCCGCAAGUUGGUCUUGGAAGUGAUCUAGAAACGACGUUCAUCGGAGGGCUAUUCCUCUUCUUGUAAGCAACGUCAUAGUCAUCCCUUGAUGAUACUGCACCGUCAAUGCAUCACGCCCCGUAGUCUAUAUGGUUGCACCCUUGGUCAAACGGUGUACUACUACUCCCACUACGGGAAAGACCAUCCGCAACUCAAAGUACUCGUCGGGAUAUUACUUUCGGUCGAUACGGCUAAGGUGGCAGCAGCUGCCAAUAUCUUAUAUUAUUACACCGUAUCCAAUCAUCAAGCACCGUACGACAUCGCUGCGCUCACAGGCGCAUACACGGCUCUGACUAUACUCGGUAUCGUGACGGUCCUUGUGUCUCAGUGUUUCUAUCUGCGAUCAAUCUACUCAGUGUGGACACGGAGACGCAAGACAUAUCGUAUUGCCGUCGUAUUACCGGGGCUCCUCCUAGCGCUGCUUGGAUUUGCCACCGGUAUCGCUUGGAUCACUGAGUUGAACUUGCACGACGCAGCGGAGGACGCACUCACAGGCAUCUCAGCGAGGAUGGGCAUUGUCCAGCUGGCCACGAACAUCGCGACAGAUCUCUAUAUCACCAUAGCCCUCACCUGGAUCCUGCACGAUUUCUACUCUGCCGUCGAGACAAGAGGGCUGCUGAGGAGGUACGACUCUAACCUGGGGACAAUCGUAUCGCGCCUGUUUGCCUACAGCGCCAGUCGGGGCGCGAUACUGCUCGUUUUGCAGGUAGUGGAGAUCACCAUCAAUCUCCUCGACGACGAACACCGCACAUACCUCACCAACAUUGUGUGGCUUCCACAGAGCACAAUAUACUGCAAUUCCGUGCUGGCAGCCCUGAAUGUGCGGCAGCAUGUACGCGAAAGUACAGCUUCGCCAUCGCUCUUCAGCUGGUCAAUGCGUCGCGCGCAGUCCAUGAUAUGACAAAGCAAUUGUAGUAGCUCCUGAACAUCGGCGGAGUCCUCACUCGUGUCUGGAGCAGUGUGGAGAAAGUCAUGAGUAGAGGGCAUCGUUUUGUUCAGCCAUGUCACGACUCACCAGAGAAUGAGACAUCGGGCACCUUACUUCCGCUCCGUUCGUGUCGACUUAUGUGAA